CUGGACGCGGAGAGGCUGGUUGAUGCCUGCUUCGAUGUCAUAGGCCCGAUGCCCGUUCUGGAUAGCACGCGACAGGGACUAAUCGACUACGCCACCAAGUGGGGCGACCUAACAUUCGAUGACGACGAUGCGACCGAAUACGCCGAGCAAAAGAUAGUUACGAUGCUUCAAAUGGCGGUGACAACGCAGGAGUAUCAGCUGGCGUAA